AUGACUAGCCAGAGUAGAGAGGCGAGGUUCUGGGAGGGCCAUGAGGCCAGUACCUCGAAGAAGGACCUCCUCAGGGCUCACUACCAGGUGCUGAGGACCAUCCGUGAGGGGGGCUUUGCCUCCAUAAAGUUGGCCAAGCACCUGCCCACGGACACCCUGGUGGCGGUGAAGGUCCUCGAAAAGUUGGACAGCACCUUCUUUGCCACCGAAUUGGACAUUCUGAGGUCAGUGGAGCACCCCAACAUCGUCAAGCUCUAUGAGGAGGUAGAAACAGAGGAAAGGUUGUAUUUGGUGAUCGAGUAUAUGGACGGAGGAGACCUUGUGGACUACCUGGACAAGGUGGACAGGCUGGCAGAGGACGAGGCCAGGGGUCUGUUUAGGCAGAUCCUGAGGGCAGUCAAAUAUUGCCAUAACAACGGUAUUGCUCACAGAGACCUUAAGGCAGAAAAUAUACUGCUAGACAGCAGGGGCACAGCCAAGCUAUGUGACUUCGGAUUGAGUACGUGGUUCCUGCCAGGGCAGCAGCUGGACAGAGUGUGUGGGACUGUGGCCUAUCUGGCCCCUGAGAUGUUCAAUCACGAGAGCUACCAGGGCCCCAAGGUGGACGUCUGGAGCCUUGGGGUGCUAUUGUACUAUAUGGUCAUGGGCGACUUGCCCUAUAAAGGCAAGUCAUGGGAUGUCCUCCGAAAACAGGUUUUAGGGGGUAGGUUUAAAAUACGGAAAUCUUUUUCCCCUGAACUCCAAGGAAUGUUAGCAUACCUUAUGACGAGUGAUCCAAAGAGGCGGCCCACAGUGUGGCAAGUAAUGCGCCAUCCUUGGUUCAAGACAAUUAAGGGAGCCUCACCAUGCCCCAGCCAGCCUGCUCUGAACCAGCCAGACCCUGCCAUACUGCAUAUCAUGGUGUCAUACAUGGGAUUUAACCCCGAGGAGGUGCGGGCAGCCCUGUCGGGAAGAACAUUUAAUAAUAAGAGGGCAACCUACAGCAUGCUCAAGGAGCAGCAAGAAGAGGCCCGAGACCUGAUCCGUCCGAUGUGGUACCCGCUUCCCGGGCCUCCACCUUGCCCCUCACCUGCACACCCGUCCUCCCGAAAUGUACUGGUCAAGAGAGCCAGCGCUCCUGUGCGCCACCCCGCUGUCUCUCUGCAUGCUAAGCAGCAGCAGGAGGAGGGUGGCAGGCACACCAAGUCGGUGUCCCUCCCCUGUCUCUUGUGGAGACCCAGCAUAACUGGUACAGAGCAGAAGACUGAGGGCAGCAAGCCUCCCUCUACUCCAGCUGCAGCAACAAGAGCAGCAACUACCACCCUCCCUAUGGGCCAACCGGGGGAACUGACCUGCCCAGCCCCUGAGCAGGAGAGGCAGGUGGGCCUCAGGGCUAGUUCUCUCCCCCGCAUCCUAUACAAUACAUGGACAGGGCCCAAACGGAGGAAGAGGGACAUCGGCUCGGCUGCCCCAGGGCCAAAAACAUCUGACCUGAAGGGCCCAGGGGGGGACACAGAGGAGAGUAGCCAGCUGCCCCCAGAACCACCAGCAUCCAAAAUGUCUGCCUUGAACAUACCUCUAGAGAGGGAGGACAGCACCCCUCCUCUCCCGCGCCCUGCAGCUAAUGGAAGAGGCUCCAUCUGGAAGCGACUCAAGAGGAGGGUCUUGCGUUGCUUUGAAAGGAUGUGCUGUUGCUGCCUGCCCCGUUAA